AGCAAACGUUCCACAGACGUCGGAAAGGUCGCGGCAUCAUGGCUGACGAGAAGAAAGCUGUGUCGUUCGGAUUCUCCAAGAAGAUAGAGACGAAAGUGAAGCAGAAAUCCGCUCUAGACGACGGAAAGUCUACCGUGAAGGAAGAGACGGACUAUGUGGUGUCUCUAGAGGGGAAAUCGGUGAAAAGUUUGAAACCCAAAGAUGAGCCCAAGGAACUGAUCAUUCCCCUCAUAAGGGAGAACCAGUGGAACGUACCAUCCGCUGAUGGGGAGGGUCAGGAUGGGGUGAAGAAGUCCAGCCUGGCAGAGAAACUGGAGCAGAAGCUGGCCAAGCCGGACCGGUCCACUGAGGUGGAGGGGAGGGACGACGAGGUCGGCCGGGCAGCACGGGAGGUCAUGGAAGAGGCGGCCAGGUCCAUGGGGAAAUGGGAGGACAGGGGCAACGACCGGAAGUACGAUGACCUGACGGUGCCCCUGAUGUCACUCAACAAACCUCCAGAGGGGUUUGAGACAGACAGCAAACUGGACGUGUCCAUCAGACCUGACGAGGCCAGUCUGGAUGACUAUGAGGCCAUGCCUGUGGAAGCCUUCGGUAUGGCUGCACUACGGGGGAUGGGCUGGAAACCAGGAGAGGGCAUAGGGAGAACAUUCAAACAACACGUGGACCCCCUGCAGCUGCAGGUGCGACCCAAGGGCCUGGGUCUGGGCGCGGUGGUCCGACCCUCGGACGACAAGAACCAGCGACCGCUGAAACCCGGGGAGACGAGGAAGGAGGAGGACAGUGGGGGGCUGGUGCCGGGGGCACACGUACUGAUCCUGGCAGGGCCACACAGGGACAUGUACGGGAAGGUGGAAAGUCUGAAUGGAGAGACGGCCAGAGCUGUAGUGUCCCUGGCCUUGGGCAGUCAAACUGUGGACAUCAGUGAGAACGCCCUGCAAGUGGUCAGCAAGGAGGAAUACAAGAAAAACAGCCACAAAAUCAAAGAGAAAGAAGUUAAUGGGGACUCAUCCAGAGAAAAAGACAGAAAGAAGGAGAGACACAGGGAUAGAGAAGAUGAGGAAAGACACCACCGAGAGAAGGACAGAAGGAGAGAUGACAGGGAGAGUGACAGAAGAAAAGAAGACAGGAAAGAUGAAAGAAGGAAAGACAAGGAAGACAGAAGAAGGGACAGAGAAAAGGAGGACAGAAAAAGAAAACAUGAUGAUGACCACUAUAGAGAAAGCAAGUCAAAGAGCAAAAGAAAAGAGGACAGUUUUGAAUCUGUUUCAAGUAAGGAGCACAGAAGCUCCCCCUGUCAGAGUAGACCGAUACAGCAGGCCUGUUGGAUGAGACCUCAGCUCAGAGUUCGGGUUAUUGACAAGCACUACAAAAAUGGCAAAUAUUACAAUGCAAAGGUGGCUAUAGAUGAUGUAACAGAUGCUGAAACCUGUACCUGUGUCACUGAGGAUGGGAGAGUCAUAGAUGGUGUGAAACAGUCCAUGUUGGAAACUGUCAUCCCUAAGACUGAACCAGGAUACAUCUUGGUGGUGGGGGGCAAGUAUAGAGGACAGAAAGCAGAAGUUAUAGGGAAGGACAAGAAGAACUGCAUAGCCACAGUCCAGUUCCUCCCAGACAGAGAGAAAACCGUGAAAGUCAGCUAUGAUGACAUCUGUCAGUAUCUGGGAGAUGUGGAGACUUACUGAGCUGUGACUGUCCAUACAAAAGGUCCUGAAAAUCUACAGCCUACACUUCACUCGUUGUUGUGAUUAAAUGAUUAAACAUUUUUGGUGUAUGUUUCUGGUAAUAAUUGUAAUGAUAUUGUGAAAACUGGCUUUUUUCUAUGAAAAACAACAACAGCUUGUGUUUCAGUUCUUCCAUUUUUGUAUUUGUGUACUGAUAUCUGUAAGUUUGAAUUUUUGCCACUUCUCGUAAAUAAAGUAUGAAGUAUUUGUA